GUCGAGCGGCUCCUCGUCCCCGCAAGAGCGCGCGCCGCCGCGGCCACCGGACCUGCCCCUUCCCCCGGCGGCCCGCCUCCAUCGCCGCCUCCUCCCGGCACCGGCGCCAGCGGCGGCUCCGACCUGACGCCGUCCGUCGCCAUCAUCCGGCGACCGUCGGCAGCCAGACCCGACCAUUUUGCCGGCGAGCUUCUCGGCCAGCUCCCCGGCCACAAGCGGCUCUCUCCGGCACACGGCGCCGGCCUCGAGGCAUCGGGGCCGCAGUGGCCUGCUCAUCGACAGGAGCUCGAGGAGCUCGAGGAGCAGAUCCGCGUCCUGCGAGCCAGAGUGGCGGAGGCGCCGGAGGACGGGGGCGGUGCCUGGCCAUCUCUCGAGCACGUUGCGGAGGACCGUAGCGCGCUGGUCGAGCUGUCGGGCUACCUCGGGCGGAGGGCGAGGGUGCGGCUGGCGAGGCAGCUGGCGGGAGGCGCGGCGCGCGCGGAGGCGGAGCUGAGGGACGCGGCGCGCUGCUUUGGCUACGACUGCGCCGGGUGCGCCGCGUCGGCGCCACCGUGGGCUCCACCGGGGCACGAGCGGCUGCUGGCGCGGCGCGGCGGAGACGAGGAGGAGUCGGAGCGCAAGCAGAUCGACGCGCUCGGCUCCAAGGCCGACGCGGUCAAGGCCGAGCUCGACACAGUGCACACGAAUGCGAGAAGCGUGGUCCAGCGGCCUGCAUCCCUGUCGCAACCGCCACUGGAGCCGCUCGGACUCGGGCGCGAGGAGCUGGAGGCCAGCAAGGCCAAGAUCGCGGCGUUUGAAGUCAAGGGCGGGAUCACCAACUUUGCCGGACCGAAAGACGCUUUGCCGGACGCCCUGCGGCCCUUCAUCACCGCCACAGGAACAGGCUCCGUUCACCUCCAGGACGUUCGGGACGCGCAUGAGGGCGUCAGCCCCGGCGAGUGCGCCUCGUGGGCCCGCAAGGGCGAGUGCGCCAGCAACUUGCCUUGGAUGGUCCUUCACUGCGCCGCUUCGUGCGCAGAGCACUUGCCGCACUGCCGCGGCGGCGUGUGCUUGUACGACCUCACGGUGGAGCCCGCCGGCAGCCGCCGCACCGUCAGCGUGAAGGGCUUCUCGGCGGUCGGCAGCGACGCGGCGGCGAGGCGGGCGGUGGAAAUGGGAGGGACUUUGGCCCUCACCUACGAACUCACCUUUCCGGCCAUCGCCGCGGACCGCCGCCUCCUGGUUGCGGUCAACCACACCAAGCAAGACAGCGAGGCGUGGGCGGGGCAUCCGACCCUCUACUACCAGUCUGGCUCGCUGGUGCACUCCUACAUCGUGUGUGACUUCUACCUGUCCGAGAUCGCGCUGGGGAUUUCUUUCUUGACCGGCUGGCUCUCCCUCAUCGCGCUGCGAAGGCAGCUCUGCCAGCGGUUCCCCGAGUGGGCGGAGGUGGCGCCGACGUGGGUCGCACACGCGCUGCUCUUUGCCGGCCUCGUCCUCCCUGUUUUCGUUGGGUGGGUCCGGGGGAUGAUGACGUUGCUAAGACUCACCAGCCCAUCGACGGUGUUCGGUUGGCAGCUUUUCAUACGGCUGGAUUGGCUGCAGCUCGCCAGUUACCUCGCGGUCCGUGGCCGCAUGCGACGUGCUCACAUGUUGUUACCACCGGCGGAGGACUACGUCAACGGAGCAGUACAGCGACUACUCGGGUGGCUGUUGGACGCCUCCAACGUCGUCGACUGGCUCGCGGUCGCCAUCUUCGAGCUGCCGAGGAGCCUCCUUGCGCUGUCGAUCCGUCCGUCCGUCGUGCUCGUCCGCUGGCUAGACAGGCGGCUCCGCAUCUCCUCGGGGGAGAUCGCGAUCGGAGAGUCGCUGGGCCAUCUCGCGGCCACGCAUGGAGGGCUGGUCGCGUCUGCAUGUUGCGCAGCGGGCGUGAGGAUCGUUCAGGCGGUUUGGCGGUGGGCCGCCGGCGCCGUUCUCCAGGAGGAGGUCGAGCACCGCGCGAACACGCGCCGCGUGGCCGUCGGCAGCCGCGUCGUGUGGAUAAGCCACGAUCCCGAUGUCCCGGUGGGCCAGAUUGGCAAGGUCCUGUCGCGGGCGGCCGGGCACGCCGGUGAGUUCUGCGUGCAGUUUCCAAACGGCACUUGGCGCUUCGCCGAGUCGUCGUUGAGGGUCGCGCCCGAGAGCGCGUCGGAGCAGCGGCAGAGGCUUCGGGCAGCGCAGGGGCCCGGUGCCGGCGACGUCGGCGGGAUCGCGGCGCGGCAGCGGAGGAGGAGAGGCUGGACCGCGAGCCAGCUGGAGGAGGAGAAGCAGCGCCGCCAGCAGGAGCAGUCCCGGGUCGCGCAGGCAGCAGAGUCCGGCGGCACGCAGGGCGUACAGGGCGCGGAGGCGGAGGAGGCUUCUGGCGCCACAGUGGCCGCUCGAGUGGCAGGAAGUGUGAUGGAGUGGGAGUGGUUCGCCAUAGCCAUCACCGUCAACUUCCUCGUCGUGACCGGGGGUCGGGUCGGCCUACCUCUUUCCCUGGCGCCUCGCGUCCUCCUCGCGCCCUCUGGGUGGACCGCUGACGGGAUCGUCGACGUGGCCAUCAACCUCACCCUCGCGCAGGCUACCGCCAGCCUCACGUCCUACAUCGCUGGUCUCGACAAUUCGACGCUCGCGGAGGCCCUCUCCAACCAAGUCUCCAACCACGCCUGGAGCCGCGCGGUGCAGCGUUGGUGUGCCGACCGCGUUGCCGACGGCGCGCUGGCGGCACGGCUGGCGGAGUAUUUCAGCGGGGAUGCGUUCGGCGUCGAGGCGGCGCUCGACAGUGUGUGGACGAGGGUGCUGGCGCCACUCAAGGGGCUGGCCUCAAGGGGCUCGAGGGGCUGGAGCUGGUGCAAGGCGUGCGUCUCGCACCUUAUGCAUAACCUUGCGGCGGGAGGGACGGGCCGUCGCCAGCAGGGACCUUCCGCGCACGAGGGAGCGCAGGACGGCCUGCAUAGCGCGGACACGCAGACGACGCCGGGACUGGCGCGGCAGGCUUUGCGCCGCGGCUCAACGUACGCGAGCGACGAUGGCGCGUCACCCGGAGCCGGCGGCGGCGGCGAGCCGAGUGCACCAGCCGACGGCGAGCCGCAGAGCGCGCAGCAGCCCGCCGUCGCCGUCUCGCUGGCAAACGUCGCCUUCGACACGGGGCGGCCAGCGGCCCCCGAGUCGACCCUCGGCGGUGAUACCACGUGCAUCGUGUGCUUCACCAACCCAAAGACGCACAUCGCCGCGCCGUGCGGCCAUCUCUCCGCGUGCGGCGCCUGCUCCGCCAAGAUGGAGCAGUGCCCCUACUGCCGCGAACCGGUGAUGCUAUGGAUGCAGCUCCGUAUGACCUGAGGCGGGCGAGACCCGCCC